AUGCGCCCCUCAACACCCCUGUCCGCGGCCCUCCCGCCGCUCAUAAUGGGCACUGCAACCUUCAACUCCCAAUACAACGCCGACCCCUACGCUCUCCCAACCACAGAACUCGUGCAGCGCGCAUUAUCCCGUGGAAUUCGCGCCUUUGACACAUCACCUUACUAUGGGCCCGCCGAAGAACUCCUCGGCCGCGCAUUGGCAACACAAUCCGUGCAAUCCAACUUCCCCCGCGACACAUACCAUCUCCUCACAAAAGUCGGCCGCAUAGGAGGCUCUUCCUUCGACUACUCCCCAGCAUGGAUCAGAUACAGCGUGCGCCGCAGUCUACGCCGUCUACACACCAAUUACUUAGACGUGGUCUACUGCCAUGAUGUGGAAUUUGUCACACCCGCCGAAGUCGUCACUGCCGUGCAGGAGCUGCGGCGUCUCCGCGACGAAGGACUGCUCCGCUACGUCGGUAUCUCCGGAUACCCGGUCGACACGCUGAGCGAGCUUGCCGAGCUGGUUUUCCGGAAGACAGGCGAGCCACUCGAUAUUGUGAUGUCAUAUGCGAACUUCACGCUCCAGAACACGCGGCUGCACUCUCGCGCUUUGCCGAGGCUCAUUGCCGCGGGCGUCGACGUUGUGCCGAAUGCUUCGCCUCUGGGGAUGGGGCUGCUCCGCCGUGAUGGUGUCCCGAUUGGCUCGAUGGGCGAUUUCCAUCCUGCGCCCGAUGCGCUGCGGCGGGCCGUGCAGGGCGCUGCGGAGUGUGCGGCGCGGCAUGGCGAGAAGCUUGAGGUUGUUGCUAUCCGGUUUGCGCUGGAGUCGUGGCUUCGGGUUGGUGCGCGAGGUGGUGCGCUUGGUGCGCCGCUUGCGCGGGCUGUGGAUGCUGAUCCUGGGUUCUUGUCUGUUGCCAAUAUUGGGACAGGGAAGAGGCUCGGUGUUAGUGUCAUGGGGGUGAGCAAUAUCGCGGAGCUGGAUGAGACUUUGCGUGUGUGGCAUAGUAUUGUCGAUGGGCUGGAGAAUUGGAGUGAAGACGAUGACGGCUCGUAUUUCGAUACUAAGUUGAAAUCGACUCCGUCAACUCCCAGCUUGGGCGCUAUUCCGACGGCCCAAGGUGCCAGCAUGCUCACCCCUGGCGAAGGCCUCAUUACAGACCGUGCUUGGUCCCGUGCGCGCGGUACUCACAUCCUCGAACUCGCGAAAGAGAUUCGGGAUGUUAUUGGUGCGGAGUGGGUUGAUUAUGUUUGGGCUAGUCCGUCACCAGACUUUGUGAAUACGCUUCCCGAGGAUCAUAUUACAGACAUGCACAGGAUACAGGCCGAAGAAAGCAAUGGAACGCUGGAUCUCUCUGAUUCUGCCAUCAGAGAGGAUCCUAUGCUCACGCCACCAUCAGACGUGGAGAGGCAGCUUGAAUAG